GCCGGGAAUUUCAGUGGCAAGAGGUUGUGUCAGUGGUGAGGUGACGUGACGCACUACAUCAAGUGCGGCCGAGAGUGUUGGUGAAUGGCGAGGGCUCGAAAGCAGCGGUUUCAGAAUCGAUGUGCAGCUCAAGAUACCUAUAAGAAACGUGCAGCUUGCAAGCAGCGAGUGGUGGAGUGGAACAUCCCGCCUGUUCAUCCCUUGCAAUUAGCCAUGGCGCGAGGCCAGCAGAAAAUUCAGUCACAACAGAAGGCUCAAGCUAAGCAGGCAGCUGCCAAGAAACAGGCUGGCCACAACCUAAAGGAGCAGAAGAAGGCUGCGGCUGCUGGCCUCUCCUACAACUGUGACAUUUGCAAGUCGCAAAUGCCGGACCCGAAGACCUACAAGCAGCAUUUUGAGAGCAAGCACCCCAAGAACCCGCUGCCGGAGGCGCUGAAGGACGUUUAGCCCGCGGCGCUCUGGUGACUGGGUGUGCAACAGGCGCUGCGCACACCCGGUCCGCCGGGGCGGUUGGGUGGUGCUCGCGCCGGAACAAUGAGUGCGGUUGUGGAGCGGGUCGGGACCGUGGCACGGUUAUCGUCGGUGUUUCGUCGGUCGGCUUCAGCGGACCUUUGUGAAUUCGGGUCCAUAUUGAUUCGAAUUGGUGAUGACGUGUUUAUCCUGUUUUUUUUUUUUUCAUUCUUGUUCGCUUCUCUCAAAGUAUAUUUAUCUUGUUCAGUUGGCAGUUCAAGUGAUCUGAGGUAUGGUUCAUUGCAUAACAAUACCUUCUAAUUCUCACGGUAUGUGCAAGUUCCGUGUCAGGGAUCCAUUAUUCGCGUAUUUGAAUGUAUACCUGAUACCUCUCACUUGAGACUGCGUCCAGCUGCAUAUACUGCAUCAAUCCAUUCACGCGACAACGAUACCAUUUCCCUCGGUAUACACUCACAUGACAUGAUGAAAUAAACGAUGAUAAAUG